AUGACAAAUCAGGACCCUGCCCUCGUUGAUCGAAUUUCCGAUGCAUCGAAAAAGGCCACUAAUGCUAUAGGAGAUUGGUGGAAUCGUGUAACCACCGAUAAUCGUCCGCCUACCAAUCCGGAAAAUUUAGUUCCCGUCAAAAAUCUACCAAUAUACGAGGAGAUCGAUAGCCAGAAACAGUACAAAUUUGUGGUUGAAGAACCUUUGCCUCUGCAAAGAGAAUUUGCUACCAUUCGGCAUGCAUUCGCCAGAGAAUAUGAAAGGCUUUCAAGUAGGUUCCAAAGAGUUGAUAAUACUGUUUCAAAGUCGAAGGACGCUAUAUCAAAAACAAAGACGUACUUGGAAAAUGAAUGGACUGUACUGCCCAAAGCUGCUGCUAUCACCGUUGGAGGCAUGGCAGGCUUUGUGCUUGGUUUGAAGAGGUGA